AUGGACAAAAAUACCAUUCUGAUAGGUGGUGCAGCUGCAGCUGCCAUUGGUUUCUUUUUAUAUAAAUUACGCACUAGCAAGCCUCUCCCUCCUGCUUAUGAUGGAUCAGAGUCUUAUCUUGGCGCUAUUGAUGUCGGCACAGGAUCCACAAGAUUUCUGAUUUUUAACUCCAAAGGUGUACAAAUAGCUUCACAUAGCAUUGACUUGACCCAAUACUUCCCAUCUCAUGAAGAGCAUGAGCAAAACCCUUUUACUCCUCCUCUUUAGCCUCAUUUAGGAGUGAAAGCCUAUUUUUAGCCCGCUUAAAAGCAAGCUAAUGGAUGUUUUUAUAUAUUAUUAUUAUUAUUUAACGAGAAACCUAGCUAAUUAUAUUAAUUUAAGAUAUUUUGCAAUUUUAAACAUAAAUUAGAAAUUAUUUUAAAUUUAUUUUUCCAAAAUUUAAAAAAUAAUUUUCCAAUUUAAUAUAAAAUUGAAAAAAUAAACCCUUCAAAACGCAAGGAGAGAAAUCUCUCUAAAAGGGUGGAUUAGAGUAUGUUGAAGCUUCAUUAAAAUGCAUAGAAACAGCCUGUCAAAAAGCAGGGAUUCCUAAAACUCUAUUUAAAGGAAUCGGCAUUAGCAAUCAAAGAGAAACAAUUAUUGCAUGAAAUAAAGAAACCGGUAAACCUUUCCACAAUGCAAUAAUUUGGGAUGAUGCCCGCACGGCUGAAAUCUGUCACGAGCUUCAAAACCUAAAAAUUGAUUUUAGAUCAAAAACAGGGCUUCCUAUUUCCACCUACUUUUCUGCUUCAAAAAUUUUGUGGCUUAUCCGAAAUAACUCAGCAGUCAGAAAAAGUUUGUCUGAAAACACUUGUUUAUUCGGAACAGUAGAAACCUGGAUGAUUUAUAAUUUAACUAAAGGCAAAAGAUAUGUUUCAGACAUAAGCAAUGCCUCAAGAACAUUACUAAUGAAUUUGCGAGGAUUCUGGGAUGAAGAGAUAUUGGCUGCACUUGAUAUUCCAAUUACUGCUUUGCCAGAAAUUGUAAGUUCUGCUGAGGUGUAUGGGUAUAUGAAAUCAGGAUAUCUUGAAGGAAUCCCUAUCUGUGGAAGUCUUGGAGAUCAACAGUCAGCUUUAUUAGGACACCAAUGUGUCGAAGCAGGAUCAGCAAAAAAUACAUAUGGGACUGGAGCCUUCUUGUUAAUGAGCACUGGAAAUGAUAUAAUUCAAAGCUCGACUGGACUAUUGACUACUGUAUAUGGAAAGUUUGGACCAGAUGGACCGAUUUAUUAUGCACUGGAAGGAUCUGUGGAAAAUGCUGGAAGUGCAAUUAAAUGGGCACUCAAUAAAUUGAGGCUUUUUUCGACAUUUGCAGAGCUAGAAGCACAGGCCCGUACUGUUGCGGACUCUGAUGGCGUUGUAUGUGUCUCUGCACUUAGCGCUUGUUCGCUCCUCAUUGGAUAAAUAAAAUGGCAUUCGGUUCGAGAGAAAUUGGCUCUGCCGAUUUUCUCUCCCUCAUUAUGGGGUUGGAGAGCUUCUGCACAGCAACAGCCGUUUAACUUUGGGGAUAACCAAAGGUACGGCUCCACAGUGCAUUCAAGAGGCUCAGAGUUUUACCUCUCAGCACAUCCCCACGGGAGGAUGACCCUUAGGCGGAACACGCAGGAGCUGAGUCAGGAGAACGACGGCAACUCCCGGGUGAGAGGUGCGUCGACUUUCUGGCGACGAAGCCUUAUAGAAGGCAUGGGUGGGGCUGACCACAUAUUCCAAGAUGGCUUGGUGACGUCACUAGUCUCGCUUGUUCGCUCCUCAUUGGAGGCCAGAUGCAAGAGGUGUAAUAAUUGGCUUGACACAGCAUACAACCCGAGCCCAUAUUUUGAGAGCAUUGCUUGAAGGGAUUUGUUUUAGAACUAAAGAAGUUAUAGAUGCCUUGCUUUCUGAUACACCUUACAAGCUUAAUAAACUUUGUGUUGAUGGCGGAAUGACUAAAAAUGUUUUAUUUUUAGAAAUCCAAGCAAAUAUUCUCGGAGUGCAGCUUGAGCUUCCUUUUGAGAAAGAUUUAACUGCUCUUGGAGCCGCUUUUGCAGCUGGACUAGGCUGUGGAGUCUAUAGAAGCCUUGACGACAUCCAAAAACUUAAUAAAAAUAUUGAAAAAAUCGUAGAUUUCACUUGGGACGAGCAAAAAAGAAAUGAGAAAAUUUCGCUAUGGAAUAAAACAAUUCCAAAAGCAUUUAACGAUUAA